GAAGCACUUUCGUGAAGACCGCUUCUGUACGCGAUGGCUCAACUCAAGUUCUUUAUCCUGUCAGCACUCGUGAUGCUGUCGUCAGUUGUUGCGAGUCCAGUCCUUGAUGCUGUUAUUGCACGUGAGGGCGAUAAAGCUGCUGCGUGGCGCCGCGGCCAGGACAUGAGGGGAUGAAUGCCGGAAUGCCGUCGCUGGUCCGCUGCGAUGGUGUUCUCUUGCCUUCUUGAUUGUCUUCCACUAUCAUGAGACAGCUGACGAUGUACAUUGGAACUACCUGUCAAAGAUUGAAUAUAUGAUAUGACCAUU